UUAACCUGGAAAGUCCCAACUCUAAUCACCCCAUACCACACCACAGAGUUAAAAACCAGUGAACAAGCCAAGAAUUAUAAUAGUCUCCUCCUGUGGUGGCGAGCCAGGAUGCAGUGUGCAUGGUUGGUGGUUGUGGUAGUAGUGGCUGCAGUGAGUGGCCAGCUCCUGUCCCUUGCUCCAGCAGUCAGCGAAUGUAACACUCCCUGGACUGACUGUGGCUCUACACAUGUGAAGAUAAACAAUGUGCACGUGAAAAACUGCUGUGCAUCUCCUUGUAAGCUGGUUCUUGGACAAAACACCACGAUUAGCUUCACCUUCACUCCAGAUCAAAACUACGCCCACCUGAACCAGAGUGUAUGUGAAGAGCUUCUCGACAUCUGUACACAACCACCGUUCCAGAGAUUUGAAGCCAUGUGUGACUGCCCAGGGUGCACACUCCGACCGCCGUGUCCAUUCAAAGCCAACGUCACGGAUAACAUUACGGUGGAGGUGCCACUGGCGAAAUAUUUCCCUGGAGGGAGAAAAGUGAUCGAAUGGACGAUCCUCGACCCCACGAAAGUCACAGUUGGAUGUUUCCAAAUUUAUGUUGAGACUGUGGAGGACUAAUUCGCAUGACAUUAAGGAGUGUAACCAUAAAUGCUAAAUUUAGAGCUGUGACCAUGAAAUUCACCCUGCAUAUACCUUUUAUACCAUUUCUACCGUCUGCCAUUCAAACUUAGUCAUACAUGUCUGUCUCAUCAUGCUACCGCUCUGUACUAGCUCGAGCGUGCACAUAUAAAUUGAUUUGCCAGCCCUCGGUUUGUGUUUGUGUUUUAUAUCUGUAGAUGUC